UGCUCGGAUUACACCGAAUCAUCGAUAUCCACUAAUCACCUGAGGUGCAAAGGGCAGGAAGCAACAGAAGAACCCUGCUGAGCUGGUGUUAAUUUCAGCCUAUCUGGCCGUGUUCAGCCUGGAGUUCUGGUAACCGGGGAACUGCAACCGGUUCUCAGUGGUGAGCCCCACGUCCAUGUGGCUACAGCCGAACUUUAAUCACCUGUCUGGCAGAGCCGUAACUAGGCUCCCGUUGCUAGGCCCUGUGGAAACACAUCACUCGUCUCUUCCCCAAAGAGUUCACAAUCCGGACAGACAAAGGGUGGGAGAAAUAACUAAUGUCAUCACUUUACAGAUGUCCCAAUGCCCGUCGGUGACUGAAACUGAACCACCUUGCGAUGGCCCCUUUCCGGCGAAAGCGGGAGGGAAGCAUCCCAGCAGUGGUGAACAUUGGAACCAAGAGCGAGACCAGGACCCCAAAGAAUGGGAGUGUGGCAGCUCUCCAAAGCAAACUCUCAUUAUAUCAGGAGCCAUAACAAGGGGUGACAAAGACUUCCCUCCAGCCGCUGUCCAGGUGGCUCACCAGAAACCGCAGCCCUGCCUGGAGAAGUUUGAUGCGAUGUUGUGGGGCAAUCAGCACAUCCACCAGCCCUGCAAGUGAACCGGCAGGAAGCAGCACCUGGGUCUGAAAAGAUGAGACUGAGCACGUGAGAGAAGGCUAAAAUCAGACCGGGGAGCAAAGCCAAACCUCGUGCUGAGCCACACAGAACAACAGCGUCCUUUGUAUUUAGUGAGGCUUGAAACCAAUUCACCUUUCCUUUCUCCCUCCUCCCCCAAGGAUCAGUCAAUGUCUAGAGCUUUUAAAACUCCCUUUAAAAUAGAGAGAUCUGUGUUUUAAAAUAUAUGUUUGUGGGGGGGAUCAGGGAGCCGGCUUUAGUAAACUGGAGUAGUCUGUUCAUGUCGGGAGCAAUAUGGAUUGAAUUUGGAUCCCAGCCCUUAAAAUGGUGACAACUUUCUCUUAAGCUCUCAAAGUGACUCGGAGAAGCAGUAGCGGUCGUCAUGCGGAAUCCAGAUGGCUGAAUGGAUACGUAGCUAGCUGUCCUGCUUUUUAUCUGGUGCAGGUGGGGGCAGUGGGGUCUCGUUAAUGGGGGACAAGAGGUGCAGUUCUUGGCUGUAGGAGGAUGGGGUGGACGUGCUUUGCAUCGGACACCCACCAGAGAGGGAGGAAAAGAGGGUUUUCUGUGACUUGCACUAUUUGAUGUGGCUCUGGUGUAGUGACCAUAGACUGAAGGGGACCGGGGAAGGGCCAACGAACUGGUUGGCUACGGAGCAGCCUCAGUGACAGCAAGGCUCCUUUCCAGUCUUCACUGAGUAGUGGGAUCACUCGGUGCUUUGAAAGAGAACGUGCCUGUCUGAGUUCGGAUUGGUUUUGCCUUUUGGAGGGGGCCCGCUGAACCUUGAGACUGUAAUUACAUGGUUUCGCCUGGUCCCUUCUAAUGUACUGGGAAUUUAGCUUCACCCCACUGUUCUUUAUGGCAGGGGCUCUGUUUUAUGUCUCUUUCUGUGCCUGUAUGUGUGGGAUUUUUUUUCUACAUUUAAAAAUAUCAAGUCCAUUAGCAGAAGAGUUUAGUAUUAGUCCAGAUUAAUUACUGAUUGGUUUGGUUUGGUUUUGCCCUGCCCUAUGGUUAACGUAGCUUCCAGAGACUGAAUUGUGCCUCCACGUUGUUGUUUUGCCAUGUGUAUUUUGACAGACGUGUGGUCAGAAGCUGGGCUCUAAAAAUGCCUGAACUUGUGUCAUGUAGCUGGCUCCAGAUCCCAUCUGUAAAAUGCUCGUGUGACGGGUUAGUAGUUUCUAGUUAAACCUGGAAUCCCCUCUUCUAAAUUCAGGCAUCAGGGCCCCUAAUUAACUAAGAUUACCUUGUCUGCAUCAUGCAUAAAAAAUUCUUUCUGGUGAUCUUGAGGUUGGUUUGUUUAAUUGACUUUUAUUAAAAAAGGUUUAAAAUUGAAAUUCACAUGAAUCCCCUGUUAAGUAACUUUUCUUCUAAGGCUGUAAUUGGAGAAGGUUGUUAAUGGACCUCAGCUGCAACAUUCUAAAUGAAGAUCUGAACUUGCCCAAAGAUCCAGGGUUUUCAUUAAGAUUGAGAAGCUUGGGUCAGAUCCACCUGUAGCAGGACAGGUUGGUUUUCCGUACCCACACCACAGGAGACACAGAUUGUAAACUGCGGCCUCGCAGGAGCUCAGUGGUGAGGCAGACUUGGAGCUCUGAUCGAUCUGAUCCAGAGUACAGUAAUUGCAAAUUAAGAAAUUAGUAUAUCAUUGCUUUCUAUGCAGUAGAGUUGCACCUGCUUAACUAGUUGGUAAAUUUGGCCUGAGAUGCAUUAAAAACCCUCUACCUGUAGACUCGUGACCUCAGUGUGGUGGUGGUGGUGUUGCACCCUUUAGAUAUCUCUUAUUGCUAUCUGAAAUGUGGGUUGACUUUGAAACUGGUUGAAUACGUUAGUUCUAGAGAGGAACCAUUAGUAACUUGCGUUGCUUGGUGAAAGCCGAAAUGAGCCUUAUUCUAUAGGCGCUGAAGCCUAGGUGUGUGUGUGAGAGCGCGAGAGAGGGGUCUGGUGUCGCCUGAGGUUUUGUUCCCCUGAUUCCACGCACCUCAGGAUGCUGACUGUGACUCUCACCUGACCUGCUCUGUUUGUUAUUGAUGGCAUAAAGGAUAUUUUUGUUUGGCCUUGUGUUCAUCCCGAUUGAUACCUGCCCAGGAGCAGGUGGCAGUGGGCUUGUUGACCGGGGAUUUAGAAGAGAAUGCGUUUAAGUACAAAACAAAACAAAAAAGCUGCUUUUUAUUCUUGUAUUUGACCAAAGCAAACUCAUGCCUCUGAGCUCUGACAGGGAAUCCACAUGUGCUCUGCAAUCGGGAAUCCAGCCAUUUCUAUCGCUGCAUUCUUGUGACUUGUUUACAGAUCUUUCAUUCACUUCUCUCUCCAUUGGUACUGCUCCCAAUGUACAGUUUUGCUCUGACCAUGUCACCCAGUUAUUUCAGUGACUUGAGACUGGCUUGCUAACAAGGGAUGGAGAUCACUCUGUGUUUCAGGAGCAGUCUGUAUUUUAUAAGACGAAUUGGAAGCUGUGGUUGUCCCUGGUAAGUGAAAAGACCUUGCAUCAUGUUAGCCCAACAUGAGGAGUUCACCAUUAGUGAAAUGGCUCUUUGCAGAGGGGCCAAGUGUGUGCCCUUUGAGAGCCCAAAACUGGGCCAGAGCCUGGUGUCUCAUGCCUGUCAAGCAUCACUCAGUGUCCCAAAAAAUUACAAAUACUGCUGCUGUGUCUCUGCCAGCAGAUCCUAGGGAUUCUCUGGUGAUGCGGUCCCUGUGCAUCAGAGAUCAGAAUCCAGCCCAGACUUUGCAAGUGCACAGCAUGCUUGCAAAAUGCGUCACAUGUUCAGUUCCAGAUAUCGCUACAUGUCCCUAGUCAGUUAAGCACCUUAAUUCAUGGUUAAAAUGUUAGUUAGUUGAUGGGAUGCAAAUUACAAAAAAGCAAAUUUAAAGAAAAAAUAUUGAAGCCUAGUUUUGUUCAUGGCCCUUUGAGUUUUUUAGGCUGUGUUGGUUAAUCAUCUUUUUUGCUAAGGUGUGUAUGUAACUGAAUAUUUUAUAAGAUGUGGUUGGUCUUUUUAAACGUCUUAGGUUAUUUUCACUUGUAAAAUAAUAAAGGCUGUUGGACUGAGAA